CUGAUGUCACUGAAAUGCUAACAUUCUUCAUUUGGAGUACCACUGUACCAAGCUACACAAUGUAAUGGGAAUACUUAAGGAAGAAGGGAGCUGUCCAAGAAGCAAGAGAAUGCCACCAUUUGGUGGUGGUGGUGGGAGGGGGGUGUAUCUCAUGAUAACCACAGCAACUAGACUACUUAGGAACGACGUGCUCACACACGAAUACAAGUAGAGGACAGAGAAACAGUAUUACCUGGCAUCUCUGGAAAAUAAAAAUGUGUCAGGCAACAAGAACUCAGCCUCCAGAGCCUGGAAAGAUGAUAUGGGCUUAUAGGGCUGCAAGAAGGAAUCUUCCCUGGCACCAGGGACACAGAAAAACUAGUCUUUGCUUUCCUUUCCAAAAAAACCCUUAAACGCUGAAAAAAAUCUUUUCCAAAAGCACUGGAUCCUUUGAAGCCUCUCUCUAGCCUUUAUUUCACUUUCUGCUCAGCUCUACUGAUACAGACAAGGAGAGAAUAGACACCAUGAAUAAGCAACAAUUUGAAUAAUCAAGUUAAGUAUUAAAUGUCGUUUCCUCUUGUCUUCUUCACCUGGGGAGGCAGAACUUUUUCCUCAAGCAGCAUCAAAAUGGGAGUCAUCGUGCAAAACAUAACUGGAAGUACCGCAAUGGUGAUGUGGCCAACUGUGGCCAGCUGUGCUGACAGCUUCUACAGCAUUAUGUACCACCCCAACUGGGAUAGCAUGCUGUCUGGAUACUCAAGGAAGAGUUUUCAGAGGGAAGAGAGGGUACCUGCUAGCCAGUCCUCAUUUGUAAUUGAAAAUCUAACUCCACUGACCAAGUAUAUUGUUUGUGUAACCUGCCAAUCAGCAAACCCAUCCAGUGACCAGUGCAGAAUUUUUCAGACAAAGGAACAAGAUCCAUCAUCUGUGAGCAACAGAAAGAAAGACCUGGCCUUGGGGAUCUGGCUGACCAGCAGCGUUCUACUCCUCAUCAUUGCCGGCAUUCUCCUCUAUGGGUGCCUGAACGUAUGGUGCCGUAAGAGACAAGAACAUAACGGAGGCCUAAACCGAAUGCCACAACCAAAUAAGAGAGAGGGCUGUAGAAACAACAGCAGCAGAGACGCGGGUGAGUUGGAGAAGUCAAGCCAACCAUUGGUUCCAAACCUCGAAGAUCAACAAGCCGAUGAGGUCCAGCUUGCCACGAUAAAAGAAAAUGUCUCAACUCACAUGGAACCUCCUCUGCUAAAAUGUAACCACCAGCAAGGGCUGUCAGUGACAGGCCAGCCACUCCGUAUCCCACAGCUAGGAGGGGGCGUAGUUUUGUAACAAAGGAGUACAAGGGCCUCAAUCAACCCUCAAAUCACCAAGAUAUAUUUAUGAGGUAGCAACUAAGUGGAAGGCGCUGGAAACACAAAGACAAAGAAUGAAACCAUCCCUACCUGCAAUGAACUUACAUUUUUGGUGGGGAAGAUUAAAAAGUAUAUACAGCAUAAAUACAGUUAAUAAACCUGACUAUGUGUUUUUGGGUUCUCACCUGUACCCCCGGUUUCUUUAGCUAAAAUAUGGGGCUAUUAUCUGUCCCUGAUUACUUCAGAAGUGUGAGAAUAAAUGAAAUAAAAGUAAAAAUACUGUUAGAUCUUCAGUAGGAAGGUAUAACAUAAAUCCAUGCAAGAGAUUUCUACCCUACUGUAGAAAUAAACCAUUAAGAAAUAAGAGGUAUCCUAAAUCCUGUGUCAUGUAUGACUUCUACUUGGUUACAUCCUUCCAUGUGUUAUUUUUCUUCACGUUCUACGCUUUCAUGUCCUGUAAUGGUUUAAAAAAAAUUAAAGUUUUUAAAGAGUUU